AUGGUUCGAAAUAGGGUAAAUUUCGGCCUUAAAAGGCCAAAUUAUUCGUCACCUUUGUCAGAGUAUAUCUUACAGGAAGAAGCACCCCCUAAAACCAAAAUCCCCAAAUUCACCAAGUUUGCUAGGGAUACUAGUGAGUCUACUAUUGAGCAUGUGGCGAGAUAUUUAAUCGAGGCUGGAGAUAUGUCAAAUAAUGAGAGCCCUAGGAUAAAUUUUUUUCCAAGUUCUCUCACAAAGAAUGCUUUCACAUGGUUCACAACCUUGCCCCAAAGUUUGAUCCACACUUGGAACCAACUGGAAAGAAUGUUCCAUGAACAGUUUUACAUGGGGCAAACGAAGAUAAGUUUGAAAGAGUUGGCUAGUAUCAAAUUAAAGUUCACUGAGCCAAUUGAUGACUAUCUAAUUAGGUUUCGAUUACUCAAAGCUAGCUGUUUUACACAAAUACCAGAGCAUGAACUAGUCGAAAUGGCCACUGGGGGCCUUGACUAUUCGAUUAGAAAGAAAUUAAAUACUCAGUACCUAAGGGACAUGGCCCAAUUGGAUGACAGGGUUCAACAAUUAGAACGUUUGAAGGAAGAAAAGGCUAGGGAAAAUAAAGGUGAAAGGGUAGCCUAUGUCGAUUUCAGGAAUGAUGACGAAAGUGCAUUUCAUGGGCUUUCAGACUUCGUCAACAAUGAGAUAAACCUUGCUGAAUUGACGCAAGGGCCACCAUAUGCGUGCAAAGUUUUAGCACCUUCUAAUGGGAAAAAUCAUGUCGAACCUGAAAAGAGUGACAAAUUUCUAAAGAAAACUUAUAUGUUCGACGUUACAAAAUGUGACGAAAUUUUUGACUUAUUAGUCAAAGAUGGUCAAAUGAUAGUACCACUGGGUGAUAAAGUACGCCCUAAGAAGCAAAGAAAGAAAAGAAGGUUUUGCAAAUACCAUGGUUUUUUGGGUCAUAAAAUGUCUCAAUAG